UGUCACUUAAAAAUACACCUAUAAAUGAAAGGGGUUUGAAGUGGUAACGCAGAGGCAAGGGUUGAACGAUUAAAAACAGCAUCUACAAAGAUGAAACUGUUAGCAAUUUUCAUAGCAUCAUGUCUGUAUCUGAAGGCAGAGGGCAUGGAAAAGACACUUGAUGAAAUUAUGAUGGACGCUUCUAAUGACAGUAUGGGAUUUGAUCUGAUAAUGAGCGGGUCAGCUGAGAAUGAUAAUCCAACGGUUAGGGUGGAGCACGACAUUCUAAUGUCAUUAGACGAGUUUACUGAAAGAGAGAAAGCAAGAAUGGAAGAAGAAAAAAUGGGCAGAAGAAAGAAAAGGAAAGCCACGAGACCACAACAAAGACGAUGGCCAAAUAAAAUCGUUCCUUUCGAAGUUGCACCAAACACAUUUUCAACCAGAGAAAGGGGACAAAUUGACUUGGCUAUCGCGGAGUGGAACAGGGAAACCUGCAUCGUGUUCCGGCCUAGGAGAGGGGAGGCGGCUGCCGUCAGGUUUCAAAACGGACAAGGAUGUUCUUCAUUCGUUGGAAGAAUAGGAAACUUACAGCCCAUCAGCUUAGCUCGAGGAUGUCGCAUUCAAAGAAUUGUGGUCCAUGAAAUGGGGCAUGCCAUCGGCUUUAAUCACGAGCAGUCCAGGGCAGACAGAGACGGGUUUGUCCGUAUUCGAAAUGAAAAUAUACCAUCCCCACUUCUUUUCAACUUUCAAAAGCUGCCAACAAAUCAAGUGACGAACUUUGGAGUGGCAUACGAUUACAGAAGCGUCAUGCAUUACGGUGCAAGGGAUUUUUCAACGAAUGGUCAAAUAACGGUACAAACGAUUGACCAAAACUUCCAAAAUAUCAUAGGCAGAGCACCGAUGCUUAGUUUCAGAGACAUCAAGCUUGCCAACGCAAUGUACAAUUGUAACGAAAACUGUCCAGCUCAGAGCUGCCCAGGAGAAGGUUUUGUCGGCAAAGAUUGUUCGUGUAAAUGCCCUACUAAUAACCCAAACAACCCGGUCCAGAAUUGCACUGGAACGGCCGUGGUGACCACCACGGCUGGCUCUGUCUCUACGAUCCGAACUACUACUCCACGGGAAGGAGCUUGUGAAGACAUGAAUCGAUUUUGCGAGUUCUGGGCAGGACAGGGUUACUGUACCCGCAGCCGAUAUAUGACGAUGUACUGCAAAGCCUCAUGCAACCUCUGCAAUGCUGACAAACGCUGCGAGGAUAUGGGCCAAGCAUGCAAUAUACUUCAGCGGAGGGGGUUUUGCGAGGUAGCCUUUGCGAGGAGCUAUAUGGAGAAUAAUUGUGGUGCUACCUGUCAAUUUUGCAGAGCUGGAGAAAUACUUGGGGCAGAAGAAAGUCAGGACCAACCAGAAAACAAAGCAUCGGGUCUUGGAUCGUAUACCCUGCUCUUCGUGACGUCAGCUGCAUUUGUGUCGUGCAUGUUGUAAUUUAUAACUAGUGUAAACUCACCCAUGACGCUUACUUAUGAAUGUUUGAUAUUAUUGUCAUUUGGAUUAUGUCAUUCAUUACUAAUGUGACAUCGUCAAUUUCGUUAUUUGUUAGUUUCAUUAAGUAUUGAUUUCAUAAAUUAUUGAUUUCACUAACUAUCGAUUUCAUCAAAUAUGCUCUCCCUUUGCUUGAUGUUUGUUUAGGGCGAAGAAGAAAAAAACCCGUCCUAACCAAAAAAUGUAACGUUGUGCUUCAAGAGAGCAAUUUUUUCGCUUACAGAAAGAUACAUAUUAAUUAAUUCAUGUUAAGUUUUAAUACUUAUAAAUGUCAAAAUAAUAACGUAAAGGGGGACAUAUUCUGGGGCUUUUAAGAUGCCUUAAAAUUAAUUUGUAUCGUUUUUUCUUAACUAUUUUGGCGCAAUAUAAUGAUCAUUUUCUUAGAAAAUCGUACCGAGGUUGAAUAAAUGGACCUACCGUCCAGUUUCAUUAUCCUAUGACUGGAUCAAGUUAAUGUGUAGACCGCAACCGAUACAAGAUAGAGAAUUUAGCGUAUUUAGAAUUAAGACAUUCUACAGGAAGGCAACAACAGUGACGGAUCCAGUUAUUAUUAUUUUUUUUUUUUAUCUAAAAUCAAGUUCUGUGCAAUUGAUAAAUUUCGGAACGGAAGUGGGGACGCAGUAAACGGCUGAGUGUCUUUGGGUUGUCUUCAGACCCCCAGAGGGUCCAAGACGAAAUUCGGAGGGGGGGGGGGUUCAAGGGACGAAGCCCCCUUAAACUACUGAGUUUUUACAAAUUUAAGACGUAUAUAUUUUGGUCAUACAUCUAUAAAAAUGGAACAUAUUUGUGAGGGGGGGGGGGGGGGGUGCGUGCGCCCUACGCUGGAUCCACCACUGAAUUAUGUCAUUUCUUAAGGCUUAUAGAUGUUAGUUUCGAUAUACUUCUAACACAGUCGUCUGUAAUAUAACGGCAAAGUAUAUUUCUACGUUGCUGAUAUAAAUGUAUAUGGUGUAAAAUAUCUGUAUGUCAAGAAUAUGCAACAAUAUACAUUACUCUUGUGUGACAAUAAAUUAAUUUUGGUAGU